AUGAAACCUUUUUAUCCAGGCUUAGAACUUUCGCCAGCCCAAAUCGAAGACAUUGAUAGGGUGGUUGAUAAGUUAACUUUAGAUGAGAAGGCCAGCCUAAUUGCUGGUGUUGAUUUUUGGCAUACUUUUCCCGUUCAUGAUACUGAAAGAAAUAUUGAUAUUCCUUCAAUAAGAUUGUCAGAUGGUCCAAAUGGUAUCAGAGGCACAAAAUUCUAUAAUAGUGUCCCCAGUGCCUGUUUUCCCAAUGGGACCUCUUUGGGAGCGACCUUCAAUAAGGAGAUUCUCAAUGAGUCUGGUAAGCUCAUGGCCAUUGAAGCAAAACAUAAGGGUGCCCAUGUAAUUUUAGGCCCCACUGUUAACAUUCAAAGAGGCCCAAAUGGUGGAAGAGGAUUCGAAAGCUUUAAUGAAGAUCCGACAGCAUCUGGUAUCAUAGCUAGCGAAAUAAUUAAAGGUAUUCAGUCGGAGAAAGUCAUUGCUACCAUCAAGCACUUUGUAUGCAAUGAUUUUGAGCACGAAAGAAGAACCGUUAAUGCAAUUGUUAGUGAAAGAGCUUUACGUGAAGUCUACUUGAAGCCUUUUCAAAUAGCUUUGAAAACCUCAAAUCCAUUUGCUUUGAUGUCUUCUUACAACCGAGUCAACGGUGUUCACGUAUCUCAAAGCUCUCAUUUAUUGAUUGAUAUUCUCAGAAAUGAAUGGAAUUAUCAAGGUACAGUCACUAGUGAUUGGUUUGGCACAUAUAACUUGCAGGAAUCUAUAAAGUAUGGUGUAGACUUAGAAAUGCCAGGAAAGCCACUAGUUAGGGAUAAAAAACAGAUUAUUGACGGUGUUAUUACCAAAGAAAUCUCUUUGAAAGAUUUGGAUGAUAGAGUUAGAAACGUUAUUAAGUUGGUUUACAGAACCAGAGCGUCUGACAUUCCUGAAAACGCUAUUGAGGAUGCUAGUAACAAUACAAAGGAAACUUCUGAAUUUUUAAGAAGGUUGGCUAAUGAGGGUACAGUCCUACUAAAGAAUGAUGCUAACGUUCUACCAUUGAGCACCAAAGACAAAAUUGCGGUUGUGGGACCAAAUGCCAAAGUUUUGAGCUUUAGUGGUGGAGGUUCAGCCUGUCUAAACCCAUACUACGUUAUCAAUGCCUAUGAUGGAAUUGCCAAGCGAUACGGAAAAAAACCAUUGUAUAGCCUUGGCGCUUCCUCACAUAAUCUAUUGCCAGAAUUAGGUACAGUUUUGGAAAAUAGUGCAAUUGGAGCUAAAGGUUACAGAAUUAAAUAUUAUUAUGACUUGGCUGAUGCCAAAUUGACCAAUGAAAAUUUUUUCCAUCAAGAUGAUUUUGAUGAGUCGUUUAUCAGUUUUUUUGAUUUUAUCGAGACUACGAAGGCCAAGUUUUACGCUGUUAUUGAAGCCGAAUUUAUCCCCGAGAAAGAUGGUAUUUAUGAUUUUGGUUUAGUUGUUAAUGGCACUGGUCAAUUGUUUAUUGAUGGCAAAUUAGUCGUUGACAACAAAACAAAACAAACCCGUGGUGAACAUUUUUUUGGUUAUGGAACUGUGGAAGAAAGAGGCUCAAUUAGUUUGUCCACAGGAAAAAAAUACAAAUUUAGAGUGGAAUAUGGGAGUGCUAUCACUUCAACGUAUCCUAGUGCUAUUAAUGAAAAUGCACCAGGUGGAGGUCUCAACUUUGGCGCUACUAUCAGAACUGAUGAAGAGGAGGAAAUAAAGAAAACUGUUGAAAUUGCGAAGAAGGUUGAUAAGGUUGUUGUUAUUGUUGGGUUAUCAAAGGAAUGGGAAUCUGAAGGUUUUGACAGAAAAGAUUUGAAAUACCCUGGAAGAACAAAUGAUUUGAUUUUUGCCCUUGCCAAGGUUAAUCCAAAUAUUGUUGUUGUUAAUCAAAGUGGAACGCCAAUGGAGACUCCUUGGAUUGAUAAUGUUAAUGGUUUUGUUCAAUCUUGGUAUAACGGUAUUGAAUUGGGUAACUCCUUGGCUGACAUAUUAUUUGGAGAUGUAAAUCCGAGUGGUAAAUUAUCAUUAACAAUUCCAAAAAAAUUCGAAGACAACCCGGCUUAUUUGAAUUUUACAUCUGACUUUGGCGAUUCCGUUUAUGGUGAAGAUAUUUUUGUUGGAUACAAAUAUUAUGAAAAAUUGAAUAAAGAAGUCUCAUUUCCAUAUGGUUAUGGGCUAUCCUACACUACUUUUGAAUUUAGUUCUCUAAAAGUUGAGUCAGACUGGGAAGCUAAUCAGCUUAAUAUUGCUUUGUUGGUUGAAAAUACAGGUUCCUUGGAUGGUAGUGAGGUGAUCCAAGUCUAUAUAUCUGCUGUCACAGGAUCCUCUAUUAGAAGACCCAUUAAAGAAUUGAAGGACUUCACGAAAGAGUUUAUCAGAAAAGGAGAAAGUAAAAAGAUUACUUUGACCACUGAUUUGAAAACUGCUUUGUCUAUUUGGGACAAUCAUAAAGCCAAAUGGUUUAUUGAAAAAGGAAACUAUCGAGUUCUAGUUGGAAAUAGUUCCAAUAAUGUUCCGCUUUCGGGUUCAAUUGAAAUUGCAGAAAACUACUGGUGGUCUGGUUUGUAA